CAAAGCAGCAACUGUGCAGAGGUGAAACACGCCAGUUUUCACUUGUUUGGGAGCUUUGGAAAUAAGCUUCUGAGCUGAUUUCUUGAGUUGGUGGUAGGCAAGUGAACAAUGGUGAAGAAAAGGCAUUCUUCCAGUGACACUGUGUUCCGGUUUGAGAUUCCCAGCAGCCCAAAGAAGACCAGUGCAGCCGCCCCACACAGCUCCACUGACAGCCCAGGCUCCGUGUUUCUCAGUUCAGAGGCUGAGAAUGGUGUGGAUGACAAAAAGAAGGCCAGCAGAUCACCAGCAACCCAGUCCCCUACCUCAUCGGUGGAGGCCGAGUCCCCAGACCAGAAGAGAAGUCUGGGCCUGUGGUCAAAAUCCAGUUUUGAUGGUACCACUUUAUCAGGUGAUAAGAAUGAGUAUAAAACAGAAAGCAAAAGUGACCCUAAGACUGAAAGGAAAAAAUCUUCAUCUUCCAGCCAGUACAAGGCAAACAUGCACUUUCACAAGUUGUUUCUUGAUGUCCCAACUGAAGAGCCACUGAGGCAAAGCUUUACCUGUGCUCUACAGAAAGAAAUACUCUACCAAGGAAAGCUCUUUGUGUCAGAAAACUGGAUUUGUUUUCAUUCCAAGGUCUUUGGAAAAGACACUAAGAUCUCUAUUCCAGCUUUCUCGGUCACCCUAAUAAAGAAAACCAAAACUGCUCUACUAGUGCCAAAUGCCCUGAUCAUAGCAACGGUCACAGAUAGGUAUAUAUUUGUCUCCUUACUCUCAAGAGAUUCAACAUACAAACUGCUAAAAUCUGUGUGUGGACACUUAGAAAAUACAAGUGUUGGUAACAGUCCCAACCCAUCCUCUGCUGAAAAUAGUUUCCGGGCAGACCGCCCUUCCUCUCUGCCUCUGGACUUUAAUGAUGAAUUCUCAGAUCUGGACGGAGUGGUCCGACAAAGAAGGCAAGCCAUGGAAGGAUACAGCAGCUCUGGUUCCCAGACUCCAGAAUCAGAGAACUCCCGAGACUUCCAUGUGACAGAAUCCCAGACAGUUCUGAAUGUCCCCAAGGGAGAAGCAAAACCUCCUCGGGCAGAUACCCAUGGAAACAGAGUGCCUGAGGGAAAAGCCAAGGGCCUACCUGCCCUCGGUCAAUCAGAAAGUAUUGGAAUCUUGCAUAAAGUCAGGUCUCAGAAAUGUCUGACCCUUCACCAUAUUCUUAUAUUCUAUGCAAUUAUAGUGUGUGCACUGAUCAUGUCGACCUUCUACAUGAGACACAGAAUUAAUACUCUGGAGGAGCAGCUGGGGUCACUGACAUCCUUUGUGGAUGCCCACAGUACUGAACAGACAGAACCAUCUGGUCUGGGAUCACAAGUACAAUUAAAUGUGGAGGUCCUGUGCCAAGAGCUUACAGCUAACAUAGUGAAAUUAGAAAAGAUACAAAACAACUUACAAAAGCUGCUUGACAAUGGCGACUGAGCGCCCUGCAGAGGGCAGCGGGCAACGCCACACCUCGUGUCCCCGAAGCAGGCGACGGCGCUCUGCGGGGCCGUGGCGCCCUGCCGGCCAGCGUGUUUGCGGUUGGCGGUCUCCAGCUCAGGAAAAGGAAAGGAAAUGGUUUUGCUGCUCGUGCAAUAAAAGUUGACCUGGUCUCCCUGAAGAAAUUUUUGCUGCUGCUACUGCUGUCUGAGGAAAGAGACCCAUCUCGGGAGGUCUGUGCAAGGCCCUGGAGACACCCUGUCUCAUGAUUGUGUCAGUAAACACUCCAUGCUCUUCAGUCUUCUCCACAGCCACUUACCGCCUCACAUCCAUCUUGGCCACCUUCAGACUAAGGGGUACAUCAUAUGCCAAUAAACUCAAGUGGUCCAUUAAAGAUUUACCCAUGAGCCUCCAGAAAGGUAGUAAAUGUCCCUGAAUAGUGUUACUUCAAACAAGUAACACCUAUAUUGGGGGGGGGGGGUCCUCCGUUUUGGCCUUCUGCUGUUAUGUUUAGAUUUGUGCCAUCUAUGUAUCUUAAUUUCCCCAUUUGAUUUUGGGAGAAUUCCAGGUAAAGCGAAUUGAACUAUUUAAUUGAAUAGAUUCUCACCCACCUCAAGAAUGGAUGAGUCAUGAAACUGAAAUACUAGAUUCAACUCACUCUGAAACCAAAACUAAUCUUUAAGCCAAAAGUUAUGGUACUGAUUUAAUACAAGAUGAAAAACACUGAAUCUUUAAGGUUGCAGGUGGACUGCAUUAAUAGUUUUCAAACAGGAUAUCUGUACUGGAUGCUAAAACUUAUUUCAGCAUGAUAAUUUUAUGUCUUUCUCCCUUGCUGACUAAAAUAAAGAAAUAACUGGUGGUUUGCUAACUAUUUACAGUAUAGGUUGGCGGGAUUUUAUUAAUAAUUACUUAGGGUACCAUAAGAUCUAUAAGUAUAAAAUGUUUCUAUCUGCAAUGCAUUUUAUAAUCAUUUCUAUGAAAUGUAUUUUGUUUAAUCAGAUGAGAUAAUAAGUGAAUUGGUUACACCAUUUGUAUUUGUUAACCUACUGGUAACAACUGUGCCUGGUGCACCACUGGCUUUUAAUAAAUACUUGGUUACAAUGCUCUGCUAA